GCAGGUCCCCGAAGUCAUAGUGGGACUAAGGGUCCAUUUGUUUAGGGUGAAAAUGUUUUCCAGAAAAUAUUUUCUAAAUUUUACUGUGUUUGUUUGCUGGAAAAUGAAUUUCUAUAGGAAAACAUUCUCCAAAAUACGAGUAAAUCAUUUCAUAAUUUCCGAAAAAGGUCUUACCGAUUCUUAACAUGUAAGACAUUUUCCAUUCUCUUCUCUUCACUCUCAUCGCAGUGGUUCUCCCUUCCUCUGUCCAUCAGCCUCCGCCUCUCCUCCUCAUCUCUGUUCGUUGGCCUCACCUCAUCAUCUCUGCCUCCUCUUCUCUGUCGGUCGACCGUCGUCCUUACCAAGUCUGUAUUUUGAAGAAACCCUAAAAAAUUAGCAGCCACAGUCCUAUUAAGGUUGUUGGUUAUGCUGUUGGAGGAGGGCAUGUUUUACAUAUGGUUUGUGAUCUGACCAUUGCUGCAGAUAAUGCUAUUUUCGGUCAAACUGGUCCCAAGGUGGGAAGUUUUGAUGCUGGUUAUGGAAGUAACAUAAUGUCCCGUUUGGAAGUUGGUGGAAAUGCGACACUCAUAUUUUAUGGAACUGAAGAAGGGAACGAGGGGAAAAUAGCAUAUGUGGAGCGUAGACGCUCAGAUUUCUCAAAAUUUUCAAGGCGACCGUAAGGUUGAGGAUUGGGUGGAUUCAAAUGGUUUCUACUUUUCAGUCUACCACAUUACUUUUAUUCAUUUCCAAAGGAUGCUUGCUCUUUUAUUUAAUACACCCUGUUUGUUACAUGUAAAACAAUCUCGUCAACUGGUUUCCAAUUAAUCAAUUUGCUUCUGAAAAA